GAUUUGAUGCGGACUGAACAUAAUGUGCAUUGUGCAAGUUGGAUUGUGCGUUAAAAUGGAAAAGAAAAUGACUAACUAUUUAUAUUUAUCUUGCUCUUUAAAGAGUUGAACAAUAUUUAACUGAACUAAAAUUGAUUAGAUUAGUCAAGAUUUUGUCUAUAAAAGAAGAAAGUGCUUGUUUUGGCGGUGAUAUUCUGAUCGCUUAUAAAAAGAAAGGUAAUAAUCUUUUAGAAAAUACUAUGAAUAGCUAAAAUAGUUUACUAUAAAUAUUUGCAUAUAUCUCUUAUUGCUAAUUUUAAAAACUAUAAAUAUCUAUAUGUUGUUUUCAUCAAAUCUCAUUCUUAAAUAUUCAGAAUCAUGGCUUUCGCCAACUAUCAUCCAUGCACAAAACUCAUGUUUUAUGCUAUUGUUUUUUAUCUGUCAAUAUCAUUAUCAGCCUCUACAGAUGCUACAAUGAAGAAACCCAUCGCAAGAAGUUUGUUACCUCUUCAAAAGAAAACUAUUGUGAUAAGAAAUUCUGCAAUUAACAAAGAAGUUAUGAAUAUACAUUGCAGCUCUACGGAAAGUGAUUUGGGGUUAAAGCAUAUCCCUUAUUUUCAGGAUUAUAUUUUCCAUUUUAGGGUAAACUGGAAAGGCACUACAAAAUUUCGUUGCCAUGUUACAUGGCGUGGAGGUGGAGAUCAUUGGUUUACUGUAUUCAAACGUGGGAGAGACAAAUGUAGUGAAUGUGUUUGGCAGGUCUACGGUGAUGGUGGAUAUGGCGAUAAACCUCUGAUGUAUUAUAAUCGCGGGGACGAAGGCUAUCACCUUUUUGAUUGGGACUAGUCUAAUUGGGACACAUAAUUUCAAAACCAGAAAACUACUUUGUAAUAGAUCAACUAACAAUAAUAUAAUUUGACUAAGAUUUGUAACUUAGUAUUUUAUGUUAUUAUUGUUGUUGUAUCAUCUGAAGAAUUUUAAUCUGAUGUAAAAAUUGUUUGAAUUAUUGAAAGAAAAAAAACUGGUUUCCUAUCUAUAUCCAAAAAAGAACAGUCUCAAUCCGAAAAUCAAUCAAUUACUUAUAAAAAGAUGAUAACAAAAUUUAAUAAAUAGUUUUUGUUUCUAAUAUACUGAUAUACGCAAACGUAAGGAUUAAUUUGUUUCUUCUAUAUACGAUCAAAAUGAUGUGAAAACGUUUAGAUCUUGUUUGAUUUAUAACGAAUACUUAUUACUACUCUACACAUUUGGUUACAUUACGGUAGGAUUUUAGUGAAUUCAUUGGUUACAUAAGUUAAAGAUCAAUAAGAAAGCAUAUACUCUUACGUUUCCCCUAAAAUAUUCUUUGCGGUUACGGUUAUAACUUUACGGGAAGCAAAUUACUUGCAAAUUGCAAGGAUUGUUUAUGAUGCUAAGAAAGACUGUCUAAUUGAUCAAAAGCCCAAUUUAAUAAUGGGCAUAUAAGGUAUAGGGUUAAAACUAUUGGGGCCCUUUUCUGUUGCCAUAUUAGAUAUCGAUGUUUAUUUUGCUUUGUCUCUUAGUCAGUCACACAGCUAGUUAGACCAUCCGCAACGGUGGUUUUAACACAAUCCUUAGUAGUUAAUCCUUAACUAUUAGGAUUAUAAUACUAAUAUUUAUGGGAGAAAAGCUAAGGAUAAGUCCUAAGCUAAGGAUUAAAAUGUGUUGGUCCUAAAUGACGUGGCAGGAGCAAUUGGGUCGAACUCGUGUAGGGUUUCGCGACUUCAUUUCAUUUGGACGCAACACGAAAAAAAAAAAUCAGAGACGGCGAUUAAGACGAUCUUUCUCUCGACCGCUGAGAAGAGAAAUCGAAGGGUUGUCGUCACUAAAGAGGAUACUCGAAGGGUUCUCGACGGUAGCGAAGGUUAAGGAAACAUGGGACGAUAUAGCUACAGCCAGCCUUCAUCAUCAGAGGAGUAUGAUAUAGAUAUAACUUCGCUUCUUCAAGCGGAAGCUGAUCUCUACGCUGACGAAGCUGACAGUAGGGACAACAUAGCUGAGGCCGUUGAGUACGUUCCUCAACCUGAGUGUGAUGACGGAAUCCCCAAGACCUGCUACUGUGGUGGUGAGGCAGUUGUUGAAACUUCUUACACAAGCAAAGAUCCAGGGAGAAGGUACUUCACUUGCGGGAAUGCGGAUGAUGGAGACUGCCAUGUGUGGAAAUGGUGGGAUGUGGCGGUCAUGGAGGAGUUGCGUGAUUAUCAGAGACAACUUAGGGAGGUAAAGGAUCAAGCUAAUGAGAGUGACGAGAAGCUGGUUAAGGUCGAGCAGACUGUGGAGCAGUUAGUUAAGAAGAAAACAGGGAUUGCAAAUGGCUAUCCAUUGCUUGUAUGUGUGUUGCUUAGUGUAGUAUUUCUACUAUGUAUGGUGAUCAUGUUCAAGUGGGUUGCAGAGAAGGAGAACGUGUUAACAGAGAGCAUGGAAGAGCUUCAGGAAGAGCUUCAGAGGAUGAAAAUGCGACUGUCUGACCUUUAGAAGGUAGUACAAGGUCACGGGUGUGAAAGGAAGUCACGGGUCUGUUUUGCUGUUUUCCCAUUCACGGGUCUGAAGGAAGUCACGGGUGUGAAGUUUCACUUCUAUAAGUGAAGCUGUUUAGUCGUUUUAGCUAUGUAUCUCCUUUGUUUCCUUAGUUUUCUUUCUCCUAUGCAACUGUAUUCUCUCCCUAGUUAAUGUAUGGUACUUGUAAUGUCGGAUUUGAUCUCUAAACAACUUGCUUCUCUUUCAAUCAAACAGACUCUUCUCUAUUAACUUUGCAUACUUCAAAUCAAACACAAAUCAUCUCCUUAAACUGAAAAACCGACAGGUACAAGGAAGGAGAAGGCAAAGCGAACACAAACCGACAUCUUGUAAAACUGAAAAACCGACAGGUUCAAGGUCGCAGGUUCAUGUUUAUUAUAUAUAAUCUUGCCAACUCUUGAAUAAGAAAGUAGCUUAAAUUCAAACUAAACUUUCACACCAACCGGAAUUUUGAUUAAGAAAGUAGCUUAAAUUUAAAAUAUCAUGCACAGUUUAUUAUAUAUAAUCUUGCUAACUCGUGGAAAUUUUUUUUUUAAAUAGUUAGAAUUAUAAUUAAAAAAAUAAGCUUAGUUUCCAUUAUAUUUAUAAUUUUAAAAUCGUUAUCCAUUUUUUUAAAUCCAACCGGAAAUUUUUUCUGCAGGAGCUACUACAAAUAAAAUGUCAUCAUCGUCGUCCGAUGAAGUUGAAGAAAGAUUGGACGAAAUUAUCGACGAUAUCAUAGACGAAACCUACAUCAACAUUGUGGAAGGCCAACCCUCUAAGCCGAGGACACGCGCUUAUAUAGAACGAGACCGCGAAAUAGGACACAACCAAUUAUGGAAUGAUUACUUCAGCGAAGAUGCGACAUUCCCGCCAUAUUUAUUCAGACGCCGUUUCCGUAUGAACAAAGAAUUAUUCUUGCGUAUUGUCCAUCGCCUCUCAGAACACGUUCCAUUCUUUCAACAAAGAAGAGAUGCAACGGGGAGGUUUGGUCUUUCUCCACUACAAAAAUGUACGGCUGCUAUUCGUCUCCUAGCUUAUGGUUCUGCAGCUGACGCGGUUGAUGAAUAUCUCAGAGUUGGUGAAAGCACGGCAAUUUCGUGUUUAAAGCAUUUUAAUGAAGGAAUAAUUCGGUUAUUUGGUCCUGAGUAUCUACGAAGACCGACAGAAGAGGAUCUUCAGCGACUACUCCAUAUUGGAGAGAUACGCGGGUUUCCUGGGAUGGUAGGAAGCAUCGACUGUAUGCAUUGGAGGUGGAAAAAUUGCCCAACGGCUUGGAAAGGACAGUAUACCCGGGGAUCAACAAAACCGUCAAUUGUGUUAGAGGCGGUAGCUUCACAAGAUCUUUGGAUAUGGCACGCUUUCUUCGGUCUUCCAGGUACCUUAAACGAUAUUAAUGUCCUCGAUCGGUCUCCUGUUUUUGAUGACAUUAUUCAAGGUCGGGCUCCGAGGGUAGAGUACAUGGUCAACGGACACAUGUAUAAUUUGGCGUACUACCUCACAGACGGUAUUUAUCCAAACUGGUCAACAUUUAUCCAAUCUAUCUCACUCCCUCAAGGUCCUAAAGCAGAGUUAUUUGCUAAAGUUCAAGAAUCAACCCGAAAAGAUGUGGAGCGGGCUUUUGGAGUUUUACAAGCUCGAUUUGCGAUUGUGAAAAACCCGGCACUUUCAUGGGACCAGGAACAGAUAGGGAAGACUAUGAGAGCAUGUAUCAUAUUGCACAAUAUGAUAGUCGAAAAUGAACGAGAUGGAUACAACACUCAGUACGAUACAUCUGAAUUUGAAGAAGGAGAUGUAGCCAGCAGUUCACGAGUGCAUAAGUCUCGUGGUACAGACAUCCCUCCAAGCAUCAAUGAAAUGCGUGCCAUUCGGUUUCAGGUUCGCGAGACGGAAACACAUCACCAAUUGAAGAAUGAUUUAAUUGAAAAUAUUUGGAACAAAUUUGGGGAUGAAAAUUAAUAGUUAUUGUAAUUUUAUAUGUUUAAUCAUGUAAUAAAUAAAUUUUUAUAUCUUUUUUAAACUUCUUAAAAAUUUAUAAAUUUUUUAUUCUUAAGGACUCCAAUGGUAGUAACACCAUUGGAUAUACAAAUUUCAUUAGAAUCCUUAACUCUUAAAAAAAAAAAAUAAUAAUAAAA